AUGCUGUCGCAGACUCUGCGCUGCUUGCCUCUCUUGGCCGUGAUAGCUUUAUCUCUUCUGCAGACUGCCCAUGGGGUGAGUGAAAGUACUGCACUUUUCCUGGCUGUAUGCGCAUCCUCCGCUCGAGAAUCGGAACGCUCACGCCCAUUCCGCUUCGCUCGCAGCUCUACUUCUACCUAGACUCUGACGCCAAGAAAUGCUUCUUGGAAGAGCUGCCAAAUGAUACAGUGGUGGUGGGACACUACAUGGCCGAAGUGUGGGACAAGGCGAGCGAAAAGUUCAUCAUCAAGGAUGAUCUGGGUAUUGCGAUUCAAGUCAAGGUGAGUUGCGAGUCAGCCACAAGCGACUUCAAGCAGGAUUCGUUCAAACCAUUCAGCUCAAAUGUUCGAUGCGGGUGCACACGACAGGAAGUGCGCGAUGAUCACGUAGUGACGUCCACGCGAGGACCUUCGGAAGGCAAGUUCGCCUUCACCUCCCACGAGGCGGGAGACCACGAGAUCUGCCUUGCCGUAGCGCACGUAGGAGAAGCGCACGGGGGUCAUUCCGUUCGAAUGCACCUCGACGUGGUGAUUGGCGAGUCCAAGCCGGACAAUUCUUCGCGUGACAGGCAGCACAUUGUGGAUCUGGCAGGAAGGGUUAGGAUGUUGAACGACAGGCUUAGGGAUAUAAGAAAGGAGCAGCAAUUUCAAAGAGAGAGGGAGGCUGAUUUUAGAGACCUUAGCGAACUCACUAAUAGCAGAGCUAUUUGGUGGAGCGCUAUUCAGGCCGUCGUCCUCAUCGCUACUGGCGUGUGGCAAUUGAGGCACUUGACAGUGAGUAAGAGGCAAGCAAGCAGACAGAAGAGCGGCUCUGCAAAAUGCGACAGGUUCGACAAUGCUGAAGAUUAUCCUUUCCCUACCUCACGCAGGUCUUUUUCAACGAAAAGAAGCUGAGAUGA